AUGACGGCCAACGUCGACACCACCACGGAGCCUCAGCCCCAACCGAGCGUCUCUCGUUUCUUCUACCAGCAAGUCACCUUCAAGCCCGCCGAGAUCCGCGAUGUCGACCUCAGCGGUAAGACCGCCAUCAUCACUGGCUCCAACACGGGCAUUGGCUUCGAGGUCGGCAGUCAGUUGUUGGGUCUCGGCCUAAGCAAGCUCAUCCUCGCGGUGCGAAAUCUCGAGAAGGGCAAAGCAGCCGCCGCGAAGCUCGUUGCUAGCCGCAAGGUCCCGGCCGCCGCCAUUGAAGUGUGGGAGCUCGACCUGUCCGUCUAUGAGUCCGUCUUCAAGUUCGUCGAGCGCACCCGUACACUAGACCGCAUCGACCAUGUCGUCCUUAACGCGGGCGUCGGUCAUGCGAAGCGCGUCUUCAACGACAAGACAGGCCAUGACGAGAUGGUACAGGUCAAUUUCAUCUCCACGGCCCUGCUCGCCAUUCAGCUCCUGCCGGUCCUCAAGGACAAGGUCGGAAAGCAGCCAGCACCUGCUCGCAUCACCUUCACCUCGUCUGAGGUCGCCGCAUGGACUUCUUUUGCGGAGAAGUCUACUUUCCCUCUCCUGGCCUCCCUGGACAAGGAGGGAAAGGUGGAUAUGCUAGAUCGCAUGUUUGUGACGAAGCUCCUUGGGCAGUUUCUCAUUCACAAGCUCGCGGCACUCGUCCCCCCAUCUGUGGUGCUGAUCAAUUCAGUAUCUCCCGGCUCUGUACAUGACUCCGAAUUCAAUCGCGAGCAUGACAAGACAUUUUCUGGCGCCGUGGCCAAGGUGUUCAUGAAGCGCGUCGCCAAUACCGCCGUCGUGGGUUCUCGACUGGUCACUGACGCUGUCAUCAACCAUGGGAAAGAAACCCACGGACUAUUCCUGUCGUUUACCAAGUUAUUCAAGUUGGCGCCGAUCAUUUAUACACCCGAAGGCGAGAAGAUCGAAGAACAGCUAUGGUCGGAGUUGUUAAAGGAGUUCGAACCGUUCCACGUCGGGGACAUUAUUCGAACGAUUUCUGGCAAAUAG